UGAAAUAACAUUAAUUUUACAAAUCAUGCUGAAAAUUAUUUUGUUAUUGUUAUUAUUUUUAGUUGCAACCUUGAAGUACGCACCGCAAUUAGCUUCUGAUGUUCCAUUGCUACCACAAACACGAAGUUUUCCACUUCCUCCUAUACCACUGAUACCACAACUCCCAUCACCUUCAGCAUCUCUCCAAAAUAUAUCAUCAUGGCUUCUCUCGUCAUUACCAAAUAUUGAGAACUUAAAUGAUGGAAUUCAACAAGUGCUUUCAACCAGAAAUCAUCCAUCAAAUAACUUUCAAAUGAUGACUUAUGAGGAAGAGCAUGAAGAACAAGACCAACAACAAUUGACUGUUCUUGAUGACGAUGAUUAUCAAGAGGUUGUUGAUGACAGGAGUACUUUGAAAAAUGACUUCUGCCGAUCACCACAAUGUGUAAUAAGUGCUUCAAAAAUGGAUUAUUUAAUUGAUUGGAAAGUAGAUCCAUGUGAGAAUUUCUAUAAUUUUGCAUGCGGUAGCUUCAUUCGUGAUUCAACACUUCACGACAGACGAGAUUCAUUGAAUGUAUUCACAAUGACAGAUGACAAACUGAAGGAUCAAUUGAGGCGUCUAUUCACGCGAAAAAUUGUUGAUGAUGAAAUUGAGCCAUAUAAAAUGGUAAAACGGUUAUUUACUUCCUGUAUGGAUGUCGAUGAUGCUGAUAAAAGGGGUGUAGAACCGUUCAGAAAAUUAAUUGAUGCGGUCGGCGGAUGGCCAAUGUUGGAUGGAGAUUGGGAUGAAAAGGCAUGGGAUUUAGAAGAUUCUAUUAUGAAACUACGCGAAUAUGUAGGCCAAAAUAAUUUUAGGCAAAUUUUCCAAUUAAGAAAAUUUAUUCAAAUUCCUUGGUUGGGUAUAAUAAAAUCACAGGAUAAGCUAACAAAUGAAUUGAAUGAAGUAAUCAACAAUGACACAUCGAAAACGGAAAUAAUCUUCAAAGCCUACAAAAGUUAUUUAAUUGAUACAGCGACCAUUGUUGGAGCCAAUCCAAAUAAAAUUUCACGAGACAUUGAUGAUGCAGUUGAAUUUCAAAGAGAUUUAAUUUUAUUGAAUUCUCGGUACGAGAGCAGCCCAUUAGAUAAUUCUUUCGCGUUAUUCCAAAAUGAAAACUAUAUCAACUAUGCAGUUACACAAUGGCUAGAUAUAUUUCAACCCUUACCGCUGUUGGCAAAAAUAAAGGGAAACGAGAAAAAAUUAAAUGCGAGAGCUUUUUUCGCAGCCUUUGAGGAGCUUAUGACAAAAACUUCAAAGCGUACUCUCGCCAACUAUUUUGUUUUAAGGAUUUUAGUAUUUUCCUCACGUUACAUGACAAGUGAGUUGAAAAAGCGAUCACUUGUCUACCGUAUGGAAUUGCUGGGUGUAAAACAGAAAGAGGAAUUAUGGAAACAAUGCGUUGAUAUCGUCUCUAAUAGCAUGCAGUUGGCUGCUGAAUCAUUGUUUUCACAGGAGUACUUCAAUCUUGAAUCAAAACAGACUGCAAUCGAUAUAGCGAUGAGAGUUAAAAGUGAAUUUGAUAGGAAACUUAACAACGAGUAUUCAUGGAUGGAUAUAGGAGAGCGAUUAAAAAUAUUUACUAAAAUGAAUGAAAUAAUUUUAAAGUUGAGAUUUCCUAAAGAACUGCUCAGUGACUCACAAGUGAAUUUCUUCUAUAGAACGGUUUCAAAUAAGCUUGAAAAAUAUUUUGAAUCCAUUCUUAAAUUGACAGUUUUUAAUACGGAAAGAAGAUUUCUUAUUUUGCAAUCUGGACUUAGCAGCGAUUAUUCAGAGAGUGCAGGUGUAUUAAAUUAUGCUGAUACAAGCAGCUUUAACAAAAUCUUAUUUCCUGCGGGAAUUUUGCAGAAAGAAGUUUUAUCACCCGAAAGUCCACUUUAUCUUAACUUCCCAACCAGUGGUUUUCUCAUCGGUUAUAUUUUUGCACAAAAUUUUGAGAUUUUUCAACAAUCACAUUUACCGUCAAAUGUGAGUUCUCAAAUCGACUGUCUUAUUCGACAAUACGACAGCUACAAAGAUCUAGAGACUGGCAUAAAAAAUAAUGGGCGAAACACUCUACAAGGCAAUAUUGCAGAUAACGGAAGCUUGAAAGCUGUUUACACUGCAUAUAAGAAAUGGAUAUUGGAAAACGGAAGAGAGAAGAGUUUGCCAGCACUGAAAUUCAGCAAUGAACAAUUUUUUUGGAUCUCAUUCGCACAAUUAUUUUGUUCCAUUAGUCGACCAGAGAAGAUAAAAAACUUGAAUGAAAUCAAUUCAAAUUCGUUCGAGCAAUUUCGAGUUAUUGGCGCCUUAAGUAAUUCGAGGGAUUUUGCAAAUGAUUUCAAGUGUAAGAGAGAUAGUCUAAUGAAUCCAUCUACAAAAUGUAACAUCUAGAAACAACAUAAAACUAAUUGAAAUGAAUUUGUUGUUAGUUGAGCAUUAAAUAACAACCAAGCGUCGACAGUGGUAUGGUAGCAGCAACAGCAAAAAAAAACUGAAAAAAAAUUCUUUUCCUGUUUGUGUGCAUUUAUAUGAAAAAAAGAAGAGAGAAGGAAAAUUGUUUGUUGAAUGAUGAUGUAAAAAAUAUGAGUGAGGAAAGAAGAUGGAGAGUAGGAAAAAAUUCACACAAAAGAAAAUGAAAAGUUCAUAAAGGAAGUUCAAUCAUUAUUUCCAUUUCAUGUAGCUUUUUAUCCACAAAUGUGUACAAAACUCAAGAGGAAAUAAACAAAGUUAUAGUAAAAUUAAAAUACAGACGAUUCAUGUGAGAUCUCAUGGCAUACAGGAUGAUGAUGAUGAAGAACGUAGGAAAAACAGGAAAAAUCAUCAAGUCCUAAAAUGUAUUGAAAUUCUAUUAAUAUCACUUCACUCAAUUCAUCCACUGCGUCCGUUGUUCUCCAAUGAGAAAAAAAAAUUGAACAUUGUUGGAUGUUGUAUGCAUGAUGAGUGAUAAAAAAAUAAUAAAAUCCAAUUUAGAUGCAUUUGAAACGACCAUGCAAUAUGUCGGGAUUCAUUAAUAAAUUUGCAAUAAAACUAAAAUAUGGAUUUUAAUUUAUUUGUCAAUGGCUUGAUUGGAUUCUUCUGUGUGAUAAAUUUUUUACCAAUAAAAUUAUUGUUCUCAUUUAUGGUUUGAUGUAA